AUGAGCAGCGAAAUAGACAAUUCUUCCACUGCCAGUCCAGUAACUUCACCCGUCAGCCAACGUCCCGCGUCCAAACUACAACUCUCGAGUCUUGCACGCAUCGUUAAAGCCCAAGUCAGCCUUCUUGCAUCCAACUUGACUAAAGAAAACUAUUCAAAGAUUGCUCCUGAUAUUCAAUCUCUUGUCGAUACACACGGCGAAGAUAUUCGACAGCAUCUUGUGCGUCUUUUACUUGUGGAUAUUAGUCGACAACAUGAUGCGAGCAGCAGCAACACCAACAAUGACAACGAUGAAUCUUCGUCACUUUUAUUGCUCAAAGGCAAUGUCGGCAACACCAUCGAUUUUUCAGGUGCAGAAGCUUUCAUUACAUUUGCUGAGACAUUGGCCAGCUUUUAUCGAUCUGAUACAAUCUUGACUACAUCCAAUCCCUUUGACCUGGAACGACUGUAUAAGGAUUUGAAUCUUAAUGCUCUCCAACAAUUUGCAUUGGGAUGUCUUUUAUUGCAAUCACCCAAGGAAUCCACUGUGGAUCAAGUCAAACCCAUGGUCAAAGACAACAUGCAGCCAGCCCUUGAUGAAUUGUCAGCCAAGGACAGCAGCAAUCUUCCUGGAAAGAUGUUUUCUUGGUGUCUCGAUGUGAUGGAUACAAAUGCAACCGAGCUAUUCGAUUCUAAGGAUAUUCAACAUUUCACCACUUUGGUCAUCAAGCAUUGUAACGAUCAAUCUAUCCUUGAAAAGAUCCAACCUUCAUCCGCUAAGGAAGUCAUCAGGGAUGGUGAAGGAGAUCAUGGCGAGGAUAGUGCACUCAGCGAGAAGCUGUUGGAAUCUGGAUACGAAUGUUGCAGCUCACCAGAAUCAGUACGGAAGCUUUUGUCGGGCAUCAACGUCACCGAGAAGGAUGUAGCAGUCGCCUUGGGUUGUAUGGCUCGUUCAUAUACCAACAUGAGCGGUGUGGGUGAUGGAUCAGCCAUGGACGAGUCAAAUUGGAAUGUGGAAAACUUUGUAACCGUGGUGAUUGAUGUGCACCCUGAGCUUGAUUGGGACAAGAUUAUUGAGGACUUGGAUUACGCCCAUUUCUUUAUCUACGACGCUAAGGGCUUGGAUAUCCUUGUACGGGCUUGGAAACAUUGUCCAAAGAAAUCGGAACCAUUCCCAGUCAACAGCUUUUUUGGCAAAUGGCGGAAUUUGAAGGGCCAGCUUUCUGCAUUAUACCAAAUGGUCAAUGCUCCUACCGAUGCUCUUAGCCUUGUCACAUGCUCCAAGAGAAAGAUCAUUCAAGUCGAUGAUUUUGCAUCAGCCUGUGCCCAGAUUCAAAUGCAAGCAACACAGCUCUAUGAAAGCCAGCUCAAUUCGUUAGACCUCAUGGAGUGCAUCCUCGACUUGUCAAACACCGUGGUGGCAGAUGAUGCCAAAGUCUUUGUGGAUAUGAUGGUGAAUAAGGCCCCAGAGCUUGUCUUUCUUGGCUUUCUGCAGGCACAGAGUACCAACAAUGUUGGGUUCCAAAAGGAUAUCCUUGGGCGCUUGCUUAUCAUGUACCUCAAAGGCACUACAAGUAGCCCACUUGUCUUGACCAAGCUCUGGCAAGUCAAUUCCGAUUUCUUCAUCAAGAGCAUUCUCGAGUUGUAUGGAAAUGAUGGCACAUCGCUUUCUCGUAUUUUGGACAUUGUUCACGAACUCAAGUUGCUCCCUGUUAUUUUGAAUAUCCAGCCGUUGUUCUUUGCUUUGGACCUGGCAGCUCUAGCGGCUCGCCGAGAGUUUUUGAAUUUGGAGAAAUGGUUGCAGGACAAGGUCAUCGAGCACAAAGAUGUAUUCAUCCGCGUAUGUUUGGAAUUCCUUAGCCAGAAAUUGGCUGCAGAGGCGUCACGUGUAGAAGGCAAUGCAACACCAACAACAAUGCCUCUCUCGAUGGAAGUGAUUGGUAUCUUUUUGAAGGUGCUUUCUGAAAGCCCCAUGAUACCAGACAAUGCCGAGCUUCUUAAGGAGGUUCAAAAGACUUGCAUACAUACCUAUCCCAAGUUGUUGGAUACAAGCCGAGCACCUGAUGUAGGUGGCCCUGGUGGUAGCACGGAGGUGUCAUUCAAGCCUGAUGUCGAGGAGGAGGCCAAUGCUUACUAUGAGCGGAUCUACAGUGGCGAAAUAUCAGUGGAUGACAUGAUUGAGCGGCUCAAGAUGUUUAGUCAAUCCAAGAAUCCUCGUGAACAAGAUGUGUUUGCAUGCAUGAUCCACAAUCUCUUUGAUGAAUAUCACUUUUUCCCAAAGUAUCCUGACAAGGAGCUCUCCAUUACGAGUGUGCUCUUUGGCUUGCUGGUGCAAAAUCAUUUGGUGUCGUACGUGUCUCUUGGUAUCGCCCUUCGAUGCGUCUUGGAUGCUUUGCGUAAUCCUCUUGGUAGCAAGAUGUUCAAUUUUGGUUUACAAGCGGUGAUGCAAUUCCAAGGACGACUUUCUGAAUGGCCCCAAUUUUGUGCAAGCCUACUCCAAAUCACCCAACUUCAACAAGCUAAUCCUGAUUUGGCACGUUUCAUCGCAGCUUCUUUGCAAUCAGCCCAAGUGCAGCAGCAACAACAGCAAGGUGAUGUGGAUUUGCCUAAUCAAGCAACACAACAACAACAACCACAACCACAACCACCGCAACAGCAACGACCAAUGGAUGUUGGCAGUGCAGAGGGAAUACCAGUGUUUACGGCAAUUCAUGUACCUGAUGUACCUAAACCAGUGGAGGGAAUCGCUUAUGAGACACCUGCCGAAGAUACACAGGACAAGAUUCUAUUUAUUAUCAACAACAUUGCUCGCAACAAUAUGGAAGACAAAUCCUCAGAGCUGGUCAAGAUCCUCGAUGCAUCUUCAUACAAAUGGUUCAGCAACUACCUUGUCGUCAAACGUGUCAGCUUGGAGCCGAAUUAUCAUGACUUGUAUCUCUUGUUGAUUGAUUCAUUGAACAGCACGCUGCUUUAUCAACACGUGCUUCGUGAGACCUAUGCCAAUAUCCAGGUUUUGUUGAACUCAGAAAAAACGGUCUCGUCAUCAUCAGAAAGGAGCUUACUCAAGAAUCUUGGUUCAUGGCUCGGUGGCAUGACGUUGGCUCGUAAUAAGCCAAUUAGACAUAAACAUAUUGCUCUCAAGGAUCUUUUGCUUGAAGGAUAUGACAGCAAUCGAUUGAUCGUGGUGAUCCCGUUUGUGUGCAAGGUUUUGGAACAAUGCAACAAGAGCAUCGUGUUCAAGCCUCCGAACCCAUGGUUGAUGGCUACGCUUAAGCUUUUGGUCGAAUUGUACCAUAGUGCAGAUCUCAAGUUGAAUCUCAAGUUUGAAAUCGAGGUCUUGUGCAACGGAUUAUCCAUUGAACUGGAAAGUAUUGAUGCCACGUCGAUUCUCAAGGAUUAUGAAGCGCGUAGUGCAGCAAAGAAUGCUUUGAUGGAUGGAUUAGGAAGAGCCAGCCAUGCCAGCAUGGAGGCGACGAUUGGCAGAUCUCCAGCUUCAGCCGUUAUUCCUCCAGCGAACGUGAUGGAUGGUGCCGCCAUGGAUGAUGCCAACAUUGCUAUUCCCAACAUUGCACAAUACAUCGUAUUCAACCCACAAAUCAUUCUCUACUCAUCGCAACCCACUUCAAAGCGAUGGGUGGUGCAAGCGAUUACCCAAUCUAUUCGUGAGAUCAUUGAACCCGUUGUCGAACGAUCGGUGGCGAUUGCAUCGGUGUCGACACGCGAGCUUAUCACCAAGGACUUUGCAGUGGAAUCGGAUGAGAAUCAAAUGCGCAACGCUGCCCAUAUGAUGGCACAAAGCUUGGCUGGUAGUCUUGCCAUGGUUACGUGCAAGGAACCUCUUCGAUUGAGUAUGGCAACCAACUUACGUGCCAUUUUUGUUGCCAAUGGUCUCCCUGAUGCCAUGGCUGAACAAGCAGUGCUUGUUACUGUAUCCGACAACUUGGAUCUAGUGUGUGCAGUGAUUGAAAAGGUUGCCAUGAGCAAGGUUGCGGCCGAGAUCGAUGAAUUGCUUAUCAACUCGUAUGCGAAUCGCAAAAAGCACCGAGAGCAGCGACCCGGUCAACCGUUCUUUGAUAUGGAUGUGUUUUCCAUGUCUCGAUAUCCAUUGUCAUUGCCUGAGCCUUUGCGAGCUAAGCCUAACGGCAUGCAUUCUGCACAGCUACGAGUAUACGAGGACUUUAGACGUAUUCCAAGAUCAGCACCACAAGCAGAGGCCGAUACUCUUACACCCAUGAGCCAUCCUGGUGAUGCAUAUACACAAGGAUACAAUGUACCAGGAGCCAAUGCAUUUGCCGGUGGUCCAGCAGCAGCAAUCAAUGCAGGUUCAACAGGGGGUGGUAAUGGUGGCUAUGACAGCAUGCUUGGUCAACACACUGCUCAUCAAGUAUUGGAACGAUUCAAUCAAUAUUUGGUGGAACUCGAGACAUUGGUCAGCCAAACAAAUGCACCUAAUUUCGCAUCAUUACCGCCUUUGCAUGAUAUUCGUGUGAUCAUUCGCCAAGUACCAACACUCGCCUCAUCAAGCUUUGACAAGGUGGAAACAGCACGUGCAUUCGCUCAAAAGGUGGUGUCUCGCUUGUACAAGAGUGAGACUCAACUUGCACGCGAGGUGUAUGUUGUCUUACUUGAAAGGCUAUGCGUGGUAUCUCCCAAUGUCGGUACCUUGGUGACUUAUUGGCUUACGCAUGUGGAUGAUGAACGCAAAUACAAUGUUCCUGUUACCGUGGCACUGAUCAAGGCCGGCCUGAUCAAUGUAAUGGAACAAGACCAAGAACUUGGACACCUUGUCGAGAGUGGUCGACCUACUGCCAUUGACUUUGCAGCUCAACUUGUCAAUAGCUGUAUCUUUGAUGAGAAUUUGGCAUCUCCUCAAGACUUUGCGAUCUCUUUGGAAGCUAUCAGUCGAUUGCGUGGAAGUAUACCUGAUGGUGUAUUGGUAUUGAUGGAUAAUCUACGUGGCAACGUACGUGGUCAAGGACGAGACGAAGGUGGUGAUGCUGGUUUACGUGAACAGCUACGCUACUUUUUCGCCGAAUGGGUACAACUAUGCCAACAUCCCUCCACCAAUGAAAAGGCACAAGGUGUUUUCCUUCUUCAACUUUCACAGCACACCAUCUUCCAAACGGAUGACAUGUCGUCAUUAUUCUUCCGUGUGUGUAUUGAGGCUGCUGUUGAACGUGCUUUGAGAUUCAAGCAAAUUCCUGGUCAGGCGCCUGGUGCUGCUUACCAACUUAUUGAUGCCUUCUCUAAGCUCGUUGUUGGCCUCGUCAAAGUGCAAUCGGAUACUCUCUCAGCAGCUGCAAGAGUGAAUUUAUUCUCCAAGGUGCUUUCUGUCACUGUAUUGAUCUUGUCUCAGCACCACGAGCGUGAUGGUGAUCAAUUUAAUCAGCGACCCUUUUUGCGAUUGUUUACAUGUCUAUUAAGCGAUCUUCAUGCAGCUGAGCAACAAUUACUUCCCGUUUACUUUGGUAUCCUUACAGCACUCAGCAACACAUUUUACACAUUGCAGCCAUCCUCUUUCCCAGGAUUCAGUUUUGCCUGGUUGCAGCUGAUAUCCCAUCGUUUGUUUAUGCCAAAGUUGCUCUUGUCGGAAAAUCAAAGGGGAUGGCCCACUUUCCAGCGACUUGUCAUUUGCCUGUUCCAAUUCCUCGUACCGUUCCUGCGUGAUGCCGAAUUACGUGAUACUACGCGCAUGCUAUACCGCGGCACAUUGCGUAUUCUUUUGGUCCUUCUCCAUGACUUCCCCGAAUUCCUAAGCGACUAUCAUCUCAGCUUUUGUGAUGUCAUUCCAGCAUCAUGCAUCCAACUACGCAAUCUCAUCCUAAGUGCAUUCCCUCGUAACAUGCGUCUUCCUGAUCCCUUUACACCGAACCUCAAGGUGGACUUGUUGCCGGAAAUCAACCAAGCUCCCCGUAUCUUGUCCGAUUAUGUGGGCCCAUUGACCGCCAAUCAUAUCAAACAGGACGUUGACGACUUUUUGGAAUCACGCAUACCCAAAGAACGUUUGGCUGAUCUUGCUAGAAAGUUCACCCUUGAUCCAAUGGCAGCAGCAGCAGUGGUGGAUGAUUCUUCUUCUUCUCCUCCUUCGGCAACAACCCAAUACAAUAUUCCAUUGGUGAAUGCAUUGGUGUUUUAUGUGGGUGUUACGGGCAUCUUACAAGGCAUCCCUGUCAACCAAGGUGCUCCCAUUGAAAUUUAUCAGCAAUUGCUCAUGGAACUGGAUUCUGAAGGUUGCUAUGUAUUCUUGAGUGCUAUCGCCAAUCAAUUGCGCUAUCCAAACAGCCAUACCCAUUACUUCAGCUGUGUGCUUCUUUAUCUGUUUGCCGAAAGCGACAAUGAAAUGAUCAAGGAACAGAUUACUCGUGUAUUGCUGGAACGGUUGAUUGUAAACCGCCCUCAUCCAUGGGGUCUACUCAUCACCUUUAUCGAGCUCAUCAAGAAUCCUCGCUACAACUUUUGGAACCAUUCCUUCACACGCUGUGCAACGGACAUUGAGCGUCUCUUUGAGAGUGUUUCAAGAUCCAUCAACCAAAUAUAG